AUGACUCUCGCCCGCCCCCUUGCCAAAGCGCUUCGAGUAGCGCUUAUCCAGCUUAAACUGGGUGCCGAUAAACAAGCCAACUUGGCCAAUGCCCUGAAACUCAUUUCGGAAGCGGCGAAAAACGCCGACUUGAUCGUGUUGCCCGAAUGCUUCAACUCGCCUUACGCCGUCGACCAAUUCCGCUCCUACGCCGAAGAGAUCCCUAAAGGUGAAACCACAGUGGCUCUUUCUGAGCUCUCAAAGCAACACGGUGUCUAUAUUGUCGGUGGGUCCAUCCCCGAACUCGAUAUCGCGUCUAAUAACAUCUAUAACACCCUGGUGGUGUUUGACCCUAAGGGAGAGGUAAUUGCCAAGCACCGUAAGGUUCACUUGUUUGACAUUGACAUCCCCGACGGCAUCACGUUCAAGGAGCUGGAAACCUUGACUGGCGGCGAUAAAGCCACCGUGUUCUCCGUUGGCGACUGGGGCCACGUCGGCUUGGGGAUCUGCUACGAUAUGAGAUUCCCUGAAUUGGCUCAGAUCGCCGCUAGACUGCCUCACAACCUGUUCGCCAUGAUCUACCCGGGGGCGUUCAAUACUACUACCGGUCCCUUGCACUGGCACUUACUCGCUCGGGCCCGCGCUGUCGAUAACGAGGUCUACACUUUGCUCUGCUCGCCCGCGAGAAAUGCUGAAGGCUACCAGGCCUAUGGCCACUCGCUUGUGUGUGACCCCAUGGGGGCGAUUGUUGCUGAGGCUGGCGAAGGCCAGGAAAUCAUCUACGCUGAGUUGAGCCCCGAAAAGCUUGCACUGACCCGCUCAUCGAUCCCGGUGAACUUCCAACGCCGCUUCGAUGUGUACGAAGACUUUGUCGGUGAAGGCAAGGCCAAAGUCAGCGACCUUUAA